AUGGCGACCAUCUACGGUCCUUAUAUAUCAGCUGCCUUAUUCACUGCACUCACUUGGUCCUCUGUCUUCUCCAGCUACAACAUGAAGCAGUUAGUACUGUUUUUGGCUUUGCUCUGUGGCGCAUAUGUUUCAGGAGAAUGGACGAGUGGACUUCGAGUCAAGUUCAACAUCGGUUUUCGGCCUGGAACGGACUUCUUCUUCCCGUUAUCCCGCACUGUAGAAGACGCUAAGUCCGAAGGCUGGACUUUGACGGAACGUCCGACCGGUCCUUUGCCUGGUCUCGUCAUGUACUGCUCGAAAGAACGCAUUGUGUGCACGAUGUUUGACAUGGACGAAAAUAUUGCCGGUCUGCAAAUUGCUAUCCCGAAAGACGAGAUCACAGGCUCCAGACUGGACUGGCCCACUCAAGGAUGGACCGAAUGGACAACCACAACUUCUUCCGGUGAAACUACAACUUUCUGGACUAUUCAACAAUACUUCGUCUCUGAAGACACUUUAAAGAUGAGCAAGGAAGAACGCGUGACGGCCUUCGGACGUGCACCAGAGGUACUGCGUGAGAAUGCCGUCUGGGUGACAGGCUUCAACGGCGAACUAAUGAGAAUCUCCAAAAAUGCUACUGAUGUCGAAAACAGCCUAUUCACACGUCAAGCCUGUAUUCCUUGGAUGGGUCGUCACUAUUACUACAAUAUGACGUCGGAGACUACCUGCACAUCGAACACUCUCCUCCCGUGGUUCCCAAUUGUACACUCUGGUGAGCUGAUCGCCAUGGGUCUUAUCGCGCACGGCAAGCUGCCAGUUAAGAGCGGCGAGAGGGACUGGUUCGAAAGACCUGCCAAGUUUGCUGUUCAGGGUAUCGUGCCCGACGGUCCACAAUGCCUGUACGACACGGCUGAGAACCCUGGCAUUGUGACCAUGCACAUCUAUUACGUUGAAAACCCCUGGUACAUCGGUUGUUUGACAAAUUGA